CCAGAGCCGUGUCUUAGUGCUGAGGGCGCAGAUGCUGUGCCGGGGUUCUGGCGCCUAGGGAGGUUGGCUGAAGUUGUGUACGCGGAGCCAUUGGGUCUGUGUAGCGGCAGAAUAGUGAAUUAAUGGGAGAAGGAUCAGGUUACGAACAGAAGAGACUUUAAUGACAGGUUGUGCAAGAUGGAAAUUGUUGGUAGAUAACUGGGGGAAGGAUUUGAUGGCCCAAGUUCAGAAUCCUCUGCACUUCAAGUCCUCGCAGGGGAACCAUGCCGAGACCCCGGAAGAGGCUGGCCGGGACUGCCGAGGCUGCUGGGCCAGACAAUAAGGGGCCAGAAGGAAAACGUCCCAAGACUAAGAACCCAGCAGGGGCAUCAGUUAAAGUGGUUAACUCCAGCCCUCAGAAGACUUCAGCCUCUAAAAACUGUGGGAAGAAUCUAAGUAGUUACUGGCUGUUGAAGUCAGAGCCAGAAAGCCAACUAGAGAAAGGUGUAGAUGUGAAGUUCAGCAUUGAGGAUCUUAAAGCACAGCCCAAGCAGACAACAUGCUGGGAUGGUGUUCGCAACUACCAGGCCCGGAACUUCCUUCGAGCCAUGAAGCUGGAGCAAGAAGCUUUCUUCUACCACAGCAACUGCAAAGAGCCAGGCAUUGCAGGGCUUGUGAAGAUUGUGAAGGAGGCUUACCCAGACCACACACAAUUUGAGAAAAACAGUCCCCAUUAUGACCCAUCCAGCAAAGAAGACAGCCCCAAAUGGUCCAUGGUGGAUGUUCAGUUUGUUCGGAUGAUGAAGCGUUUCAUCACCCUGGCUGAGCUCAAAACCCAUCACCAAGCUCACAAAGAGACUGGAGGCCCCUUAAAAAAUAUGGCUCUCUUCAGUCACCAGAGACUCUCAGUUCAGCCCCUGACCCAAGAGGAGUUCGAUUUUAUUUUGAGCCUGGAGGAAAAGGAACCAAGUUAACUGGGACACUGUUGCUGGAAUAGGCAAGACAUUAUUCCAAAGAAGUCAAACUUCUGUAAGGCAGAAGGAGGUGUGACGAGGCUUUCUUGUUAUGUUCACCCAGGGUUGUGUACAUAUGUGAUUUUCAUGUACCUUUUCCAAUAAAACAUUAAUAUCAAA